AUGCCGCACGGUACUACGGGCGCGUCGACGCCUGCGGCGACGAUCACAUUGCUUGACGAGAAGCUAACGGAUGCCGAUACAACGGCGCCGGCGCAGUUCUUACACGAUUACAACAUCACAGCCAAGACCUUGCCCUUCUGGCUGGUCAAUGUGCACCGAUCGCAAUGGCCGGCCGAAUGCCCCAGCUUUCUACGAGAUCAACCGGACAAGAAUAUUCGAUGUCUAUCAACGCCUGACAAGGAGUAUCGGCGACAGGACUGGGAUGGGCGAGUGCUAGGGCCGAUUGUUGCUGACCAGGGCGCGCCUCCCGCAGAAACGAACCGGAUCGAUCGAUUCCAGCGUGUGCCCAGCGACUUACGAAAAUACCUUGAAUACACGGCUCAAAUUAAAGCGGAAUAUGGAUCGGUGAUGCAGUUUGUCGUCAAGGAGCGGCUUGGAUGGGGAGAUGGCAAUACUCAGGACCUCCAACCCAAGGGGGGUCCAUUCGAAUUCGAGGAGGACAUUAAGAUUCUCUACAACGAUUGGCCCUAUGGCAUCGACAAAGACAUCAUCCACCUAGUGGUAUGGACCAAGUUCGAGCUCGCAGAUGACCCGGCCACGGGCGAACUGACGAGCGAUGCGCGGGCGGCGAUUGAACAAUAUGUACAUUCAACAUUCUACUCACGUGUGGCACGGAAGCAGGUGGUUUGGUUCAAGAACUGGAAGUCACUCAAGUCGGUCCAUGCGGUUGAACACUUCCACGUCAUGCUCCAUCGCCCAGAUAUGGCAUUUGUGCGGGAGAUCACCGGGGACGACGUGCCGUUGAUCGAGCGGGUGUGC